AAAAGUAAUAAACAACAAAUUGAAUUAAAUAUUUGAAAACACAAAUCAAAACGAAGUAAUGAUAAAUUGCAAGAAACUACAGUGUUGACCAACAAAAACAAUGACAAUAAGAAAUUCAAUAGCACUUUUAGCAAACUAAUCAGCUCACAACAAAAACACUACCAACAGGCUGGUUUUUUUGACAGUCUGACAUAAAGCGACGCAAUACUUACCUGUAGGUAACUGUAUGCUGACAGAGUAUGUGUGCGAUCGGACAACAGCUAAUAACAACAAAAACAACGGCAGCAUUAAUUGCAACAAUGAAUAAGUUUAUAUGGUAACGUCGCCUUGCACUGUGGUCCAAAAUAGGCUUUGAACACGAAUAAGCGUUUUUGCUAAAAGCAAAAAAAUUGUUAAUUAAAUGGAUUAAAAUAUUGAAUAAUUUUGCAAUUUAAGGAGCUUAAAAAGAUUACUGUGGAAAACCUUCAUAUAAAACCCACAAUAAUUUGGAGACUAAAAUGAUUACGGUCAAAAUUAAUUUCGGCUGAGAUUUGGUAAUAGCCUCGAACUAACUCGCAAGAAUUCAAAAUUCAAAAUAAGAGGUAAACAUGUUGGCAACAAAUCCAAAAUUGAAGCAUGAAGUUUUAUAUUAAAUACGCCAUAUUUAAUGGAAUAAUAUAUUUGUAAACAAGCAGGUCAUACCUAUAUAUUGAUUACUUUUAAAAUGAGAUGGAAAUAUAAUGAAUAAAUUAUUUUGAUACUUCAUGUUAAUAUGAAAACAUAUAUCCCUAAAAGGGAUUUUUAUACCGAAGUGAGUUUCAAAUAUUAUUUAACCUUUCGGAUGAUUAAAAUCAGAGUUGAAAGAAUACCAAUUUUCUGAGUAUAUCUCUUCCGCUUCAGGUGAGAUAAUUGACACCACAAUUCUGUUAUUUAUUAGAGAUAAAGAGCUUCAGACGUCCAAAUUUUCUAACAUUUUAACUUUAUUCACACAAAUGGCAGCUUUGCGUCACUGUGCAAUGACUAGCAGCCCACCGAGCCAAACAGCUAGCCAGUUAGCCAGCCUGCUAGCCGAUGUUGUGAAUGCUGUUAGCCUCGAUCUAGCGAAUAUAAAUAAGAAAUGCCGCUUGCUGCUCGGAUUACUAGUUCAAUGUUCUAAACGUAAAGUGCACACGCGAGUUGAAUUGUGCGGAACCAAAUUAAGCUGAACUUAUCUGACAUGCAGUUGACUAAUAACUCAAACGGUUAAAGGAAAAGUGAAGAUCAACGAGAUAUUUUUUUUAACUAUAAAAUAAAUUUAUGAACAGUAUUGAGUGAUUUUGUGAAUUUGAAAAAUAAAAAUAUAUAAAUGAUAUUAGAGGGAAAUUCAUAAAUAAUGUGAAUACCCAGUGAAUAAGAUAAAUAAAUACAAUUAUUCAAAAUAUUAGUUAAAUAAGACGAGUAAAUCAAAUCAAUUCCUAAUAAAUCAAUCCUAUCGAUUGCAUGGAGAAUUUUUAACAAGUUCCUUUUACUACUUUGUAUACUAACACACAUUCUUAACUAGAGGUAAUCUCUUAAUUGGAUCAUACCAUGCAAUCUCAUCAGGAUACCUUCGGCGCUGAGACGACCAAACGAUAUGGUCAUCGCCGCACACCCACGCUGGGCAAAGCUAUGCCUGUAACAUCAUUACUCCUACACUUUCCGCCACCUUCCGUGUCUUCUAUGCGUAACAGUUGCAUGCGUGAUGGACGUACACCGGAUGAAGAGCGACCGCCAGUAUUUUUCCAACUAGAACCAAGUUCUUACUCAUCUAAUACGAAUGACAACCAUGGCACCGAAAAGGACAACAGACAUGACGACGCGCACUCUUCGAGUGAUGAGCUCAACCUUGAAAAUGAAUACGACUUACUCGUUUCAGAGUGCAGCAGCAAUGGUGACGAUGAAGCAUCAGACAAUGAGCACGCCAUAUCCAUAGUGGGCAAUUCAGUUUUCUAUACACCCUGUAUGACGUGUACAGAUAGUGCGCCAGGCGAUAUGGGCGCACGCGCCACCGCCAUCAAUGAGAUGUGUCGUAGGUUAUGCACUGAUGAGUGUCGACUGCGUUUGAGUCUGGCCGGCUUAGAGCCGCCAUCUGCGGCGGCCUUGAAGUCUCAAGAGGCUUUGGCUGAGUAUGUGAAAGACACAUGCCUACAGCAAAGACCACAGCUCCAGCACACUUUCUCAGAGGAUACAGUAUGUGCCAGUUUAAUGAAUGAGCAAAAGGCGGGCGGUGUAGAUGAAGUGGAUAGAGUAGCGACAGCUGUAGGAAGACCAAUAACUCUCCCUACGAAUCUAGUCACGUCCGCCACUACAGCAGAUACACCUACGAAUAGUAUGCGACCGCCCUCAUGUAUUGCCAUUCAACGUAAAAAAUUUCUCACGGAUAUUUUAACAGCCAGCUCGAACGAUACAGACAGUGAUUCCAGUUUUGCGGACGAACAAAAAGAAAAGGCAGGAGACCAUUCGAAAAAAUUCAUUCAGUUUAUCAAUAAUUCAAGUAAGCCAGCACGUGAUCUGGCUGAUGGAACUACGACGACCAAGCCAGACGACGAUUGCUACGAUGGUGGUCGCACUCACUGUCAAAACGACAAAGCUACGAAUGCCCCAGUCGUUGAUCAAUAUGAGAUGGCCAUGCUGAAGGACUUCCGUGAGAAAUUCGCGAUUGCGGAAGCAUUGGCAAAGACCUCAGCAAUGACCUCUACGGUGCAAAUGAAACAACGGCUGGCGGCGCGACAACUGGAAAUUACAAACGCAAAUGCGAAUGCUGCCAAAGCUGCCACAGCGGCAAACAAAGACGGCUGUAUGUCGCCAACGAAAAAGCACCGACAUCGACGACGUGGUGAGCAACAUCAAAAGCGACAACAACAAAUCCAACAAAAAGGUGUGCCGCCAGCCAAUUUUGCGUCAACACAUAACGCAUUAACGCAAUCCAAUAACAAUAACGCGAUUCAUUCGAUCGAUGUGAACAGCCGCAUUGAUAACAACAACGAUAAAGACAACAACUACCACGAUGCAAGCGCCGAACGUUGUAGCGACUGCGUCAAAAAUGUGUAUAGCGAAGGCGAUGAAUGCGACCAAGACGAUGACGACGCCGAAAAUGGCAGUGACUGUGACUGUGACUGUGACUAUGACAGUGACAAUGACGACGAUUUUGGUUUCGUCGAUGCAGACAAUGUGGCUACCAGAAAACAACAGCAACAACAGGAGAAUAUUGUAAACGAUUACGAGCCACCGCGGGACUUGCUUUUGUAUCUUGUGAGGAUGGGCUCAUUCAACUCAGCACCGAAAAUCAACAAUGUCGACUCGCAGGAUGACAGCCUAGAGAUACCGAAAGGUCUGAAUACCACCGAACUGUUGAAACACGUCAAACAUUUGAGGGGUAUACAUCAGCCACAAUUGCUUUCCCGCUACUUCAUCAAGCCAUCUUUAACUAGUGACGUAACUGAUGGAAUGCGCUCAUUAAAGUUAAAUACAGGGGCCAAAGAUUAUAACGUGGCCUCGACGUUACCCAAUCAUAUACGCGUUUUGCAGUGGAAUAUUUUAUCACAAACGUUGGGACAGAAUAAUGACGGUUUCGUGCGCUGCCCAGAGGAAGCUCUGACAUGGGAGAAUCGCAAAUUUCUGAUCGUACAAGAGAUACUACAAUACAAUCCAGAUAUUAUUUGUUUACAGGAAGUGGAUCACUUUAAAUUUCUGCAAACAAUUUUGGGCACACAAAAUUAUGAAGGUAUAUUCUUUCCGAAACCCGAUUCGCCAUGUUUGUACAUUGAGGAGAAUAACGGUCCCGAUGGUUGCGCCAUUUUCUUUAGACGCGACAAAUUUGAAUUAAAGAACUUCGACACACGCAUUUUGGAGGUGUGGCGCGUACAAAGCAAUCAAGUGGCGAUUGUCGUCAAUCUCGUCGUAAAAAGUACCGGUAAAGAGUUCUGCGUAUGCACAACUCAUCUCAAAGCACGUCACGGUUCCUUGCUUGCGAAACUACGCAAUGAGCAAGGACGCGAUCUAUUGCAUUUCGUGAAACAAUUCUGCGGUGAAAUACCCGUUUUGAUUUGUGGCGACUUUAAUGCUGAACCCACAGAGCCUGUGUAUGCGACAGUCCUAAGCGGCAAGCAAUUGCAGUUGGCCAGUGCCUAUGCAGACAUCAAAGUCGAACGCGAUGAAUGUAAUAAUGACAACGCUAACGAGCACAAAGCCAAACCAUACUCAAGUGAUGAUGGUCAGACGCAGUCAGCGGAGGAGGAAGAAGUGAAUGCCGAGCACGUGCAAUUGUGCGAUGAUAAAGUGAUCAAAUCAAUACAAUGUGAACCGCCCUAUACCACAUGGAAAAUACGUGAAGAUGGCGAAGAAUGUCACACAAUCGAUUAUGUGUUCUACACACCUGAGCAGUUUAAGGUUCGCAAUUGCUUGGAGUUUCCUCGAGACGAUGAAGUUGGCAAAAAUCGCACACCGAGCUUCCAGUAUCCAUCGGAUCACUUCUCAUUGGUGUGCGACUUCGAAUUGUUAGAUAAGCAAUAAAUAUGUUUGAAGCUUGUUAUGUGGCUUUACAAAAAACAUAAGGAAACUUACCAUUAAUAAGAUGCUUCAGUUUUGCUGGAGCCGCACAACUUUCACUUCAUUGGCAUUCACGAAAUCAAUUUAAUAAUUGUGAUAUUAGUUCUUAGAUAUAUAUAGUACAUUAGACACACGUAGUUUCAUUAACAUACCAACAAACCGAGUAGAAUGCAAACUGAUACUUUUUUUGUAAUAUUGACAGCAAUCAAUCUAAACUAAAUAGAUAUAUAAUAUAUGUAAAUGGAUAUGUAUGUGGAACAAAUAA